UAUUUUUAUCUGUUCCAAGCCCUGCUGGGACUUUCUUCGUUUUCCUGAGAUUGUCUGCUUAUUAACUUCUAUUCCAAGAGAUUCUUAUGCAGUUGACCACUUCAUGUAUUGAAAGCUGGCCCAUAGAUAUUUCAGCGUACUGAGUGCAUAGUCAUCAUCAAGCUUUUGCUUAUCGCUUGGAUUAAUCUUAUACGUAAUUCUUGCAGGUGAUUUUAACAACUUUGCUGAAAGUAUAUGUAAAAGGAGGUCUUUUUGACAAAUCAAGAGAACUCUUGCUUGAACUCCAAAGACUAGGCUAUGCCGGAGAUGAGAUGCCAUACUGUCUACUGAUGGAUGGCCUCUCAAAGUCUGGAAAACUUAAGGAAGCCAGAUUAGUUUUUGAUGAAAUGAAGCAAAAUGAAGUGAGAAAUGAUGGUUACUCCUACAGUAUUAUGAUUUCAGCCCUCUGCCGCGGUGGGUUCCUUGAAGAUGCAAAGCAAUUGGCUUGUGAAUUUGAGGCCAAAUAUGACAAGUAUGAUGUGGUUAUUUUGAAUACAAUGCUCUGUGCCUAUUGUCGAACAGGAGAAAUGGAGAAUGUAAUGAAAAUGAUGAAGAAAAUGGAUGAGUCAGCAAUUAGCCCUGAUUGGAAUACCUUUCAUAUUUUAAUAAAAUAUUUUAGCAAGGAAAAGUUGUAUCUACUUGCAUUCCGUACCAUGGAAGACAUGCACAGAAAAGGUCACGAACCCGAGGAGGACCUCUGUUCCUCUUUAAUUUUCUACCUUGGUAAAACUGGUGCUCAUACAGAAGCAUUUUCUGUGUACAAUAUGUUGAGAUAUAGCAAGAAAACCACAUGCAAGGCCCUUCAUGAAAAGAUUUUGCAUAUUUUAGUUGCAGGUGGACUUCUCAAAGAUGCAUAUGUAGUAGUCAAGGACAAUGCAAAGUUUCUCUCUCGGGCUGCUUUAAGGAAGUUUUCUACCUCCUUUAUGAAAAGAGGCAAUAUGAACUUGAUAAACGAUGUGCUAAAGUCUAUUCAUGGCUCUGGUUACAAGAUUGAUCAGGAAAUAUUUCAUAUGGCCAUAUCUCGUUAUAUUCAGCAACCUCAUAAGAAAGCAUUGCUUCUUCACUUGCUACAGUGGAUGCCUGGUCAAGGCUAUGCUGUUGAUUCAUCUACAAGGAGUCUGAUUCUAAAACAUUCCCACUUGUUUGGGCGUGAACUUAUCAUGGAACUAUUGUCCAAGCAGUAUAUGGUGUUGAAAACAAAUAAAUCUCGUGAGGGGAAGACAAAAUGAGUCUGAACGCAUUACAUUUCAGAUAUUGAAGCUUGUACUUUGCUCUCCUUUUGUCACAUUUCUUAUUGGACAACAAGACAACGCCUCCUCCCUUCAGAAUCGCGCGUUAGCUAGAAGCAUGGACGUCAUUUUACAAUCAUAAUCAUUUGGAGUCACCGCUUCCGUGCUAAGAACCAAAGUCAAUGAAUUCCUGUGGACUUUAAGGAGUUCUUUUUACGUUACUUCUAAAUUCAAAUUUGUUUAUGAUCCAGGCUGCAAUGGAUGGUGGAGGACAGAAGAUACUACAAUUGGAUACUAGUAUAUCGAUGUUUUUGGUAUUUAUGUUGUGUUUGGUGAGGAGAUCCUUCACCACUGUGAAAAGAACGGUUUCAGUUUAUUAUCGACUUGGGUUGAGAGAUUUAUCCUGUAGAAUUUGAUAUAGAGGAAGUGAAAAUCCGGCCUCACAUCCGAUUCCCCUUCUUUCAGCCACACUAUUCUGGAAAUAUAUUGCAUCUCUCUCAUGAAUGCCACAGAUUUCAAAAUGAUUGAUAAUUGGAGAUCAAGACUCGCAAGUCAUCUGUGGUCGAUAACAAGAGAAAUCGACGAGAUAAAUGCAAGUGGAUCAUCAAGAAAAGAAGUAUACAAUGAAGAUCAAAGCAGUUUCUGACAAUAGAUGAAAACAAGCAAAAAAGAAUGAUAGUAUUAGUCUUGUGAUGAGACCUCCAUUUCUGAACUCAAGAAGCUUUGAUUCAGGUUGAUUUACAUUACAUUCUGGUGUUUGGUAGAUGCUCCAAUUUGACAAGAACCUUAAACAUCAGUGUUUGCUCACAAAUAUUGCCCACUCCAACCUCAUUUGCAUGCAUCUUAAGUUUAUAAUGUUUUCUUUUGCAUUUA